CCUGUAUUGAGGGCAAAGUGCGCCCCCUGUUGAUCUAAAGAAUAUCGAGCCGGAUAUGCUAUUUGAAAUACAGCUCCGGGAACCGCGUUGGAUGCCUGCUUGUUACAGAGAUGAGUGGCGACAACGUCAAGUUGUUUGUGGGAAACCUUCCUCUAGAUGCGACUCAAGAUGAGAUCAAUAAACUCUUUGCUCCUUACGGGGAAAUCAAUACCUGCUCCUUGCUCAGACAGUAUGCCUUUGUUACCCUGAAGGGAGAAGGUGCUGCGGACAGGGCCAUACGGUAUCUUGAUGGCAAGGAGUACCGAGGCAGGCCCCUUGUGGUGGAGGAGUCACGCGCACGUCCCCCCAACUCCACCAAAGUGUUUGUGGGAAACUUGAGCGCCACAUGCUCUGCCGAUGACCUGCACGGCCUCUUCUCAACAUUCGGAAGAGUUUUAGAUUGUGACAAAGUCAAAGCCCGAUUAUGUUCAAAUGUGGGCUACGCAUUUGUACAUAUGGAAAGGAAAGAGGAGGCCAUGGCAGCCAUCGACGCACUCAAUGGGACCAUUUUCAAGGGCCGUCAGCUGGCUGUAGAGCUCUCCAAAGCUCAACCUUUAGUCAACCAGCUUAUGUCGUCUGGGAACUCAGUCGGUGGUAGAGAGGGUCUCCUUCCUCGGCCAGCAGGCUCCAUGGAGCAUCACCAGAGUCACGCUGCUGUGCUCGCGGCAGCUGCAGCAGCCGCUGCCGGACUUCCAAUACAAGUUCAACAAAGCGUCCAUAACUCGUUUUACAACACCACAUCCUUCGAUCCCACCUAUGCUGCCCUGAAAGGCAUUACAAGUUCUAAAGGCGCAGACGGUGUCAUAUACGGUGCUCUCGCUAGUCAGGUGUACGGAUCUGUCGCUGACCAGGUGUACCAGGACAUGGCCAAUCACAUUCCUGUUCCCACCGCCGCAGAGGACUACGAGGUUCAAAGCGGGCCGGACCCAACAACACUUUUUGAGGCUGCAAGAGCCAAGUUUUUCCAGGAGGGACAGAAGGUUCUGGCCGAGCAGCAGGCAGGGAGAAAAACAACAACAGCAGCUACCAAUACAACAACGACGACAACCACGGGCAGUCCAGAAACAGAGCGGGACCGCAGCCCGAUCAGAGGGAACCGGACGCCUUUGCUUCCGGACCCAUCUCCCGGUUCCUUUGCUCAAAAUCGCACCAAACGCCGAGCUCUCCUGCCGACGCCGCCCGGGGUCGCUGAAGACCCCGCCACUGGACCUGCCGAAGGGGCCGAUCCUGUCGCGAGGUCCUACUCAGAAUAUUACCAGCAGAUGCAUCAGUACCAGCAGUACCAGCAGCAGUACCAGCACCAGCAACAGUACCAGUACCUCCAGUACGCCUACACCAAUCCUCCUCCGCCCCCUCCUCCACCGGCCUCCGCAGAUUCCACCGACUCGGUCCCGCCGCCCCCCGGCACGUACACGGCGGCGCCGGCUUACUCGGCCACCCAAGACUAUGGACCCCCGGGCACCUACGAACCCCCCUCCAAUUACAACACGUCGCAGAGCUACUCCGGCAGCUACGACGCCUCGGCCGCCUACGAUGCAUCGGGAGGCUACGGGGCGGCGGGAGCGUACGAUACAUCCGGAGCUUACGCAGCAGCGGGAAGCUACUCCGCAUCCUCACCGUAUGAGCAGACAGCCGCACACGGGCAACCCACGCCCCAGCGCAAUGAUUACCCUUACAACACGCCAGAACCCCCGUAUCGAUAGUCCCGCCCCCCUUCCUCCAACACACCCACCCACCCACAUGCACACACACACACACACACACACACACACCUUUCAUACUGUAGAUCGUGUGUGUGAACAUGAGUACUUGGCUAAGGGGCAGCUUAAGGGAGAAGUAACGCAGGCAGCAAGGUUGUGAAGCAUUUUGGCUAACCGCGUCCCUAUCUGGCUGGAAUUCCACCUAACAAUGAAUGCCAUCCAAAUUUGAAAAAAAAAAACGACACCCUCGAGUUUUUAAAGAGACACAGUUGAAUCAGGGUUUUGUCUUGGCAGUUAUGUAAGCUUGAGCGCAAAUGUGAGGCACGGAUUCUGUCUGUCUUUGAAGCCAGGAAACCGGCCAGUUUUCAAGAUGUUUUUAUCAGGAGUAACUCCAGCAUUGUAACGGUAGCCUUGGAGCUCAGUCAACUCGUUCAAAGCUUUCCAGCCUCACUAUUAUGUUGCAUAGUUCCAGUGUUGGGGGUCAAAAUCGUUUGUUUCUUCUUGAGUCAAUAUUAAACCAUAUUUUCUCAGGCUGUAGAUACGUAGAUAUUUUUUUUUGUAUGUAGACAAUUCAAUAAGCCAAAGCUCAAUUUUACCCAAUUGUGUUCCGACAUUCUCCAGUAACACUUCAACGCUACUUUUAAUACCUGACAUAGGUUUUGUUUGAGGAGCAUGUAAAUACUUCUAGCCUUCUUUUAAUACUUUGAGCACCUGCGAAAUUGGAGAGAUUGGAGGGGGAUGGAUGCUGAGUUGUACAACAAGUUUGUAUAGAAGCAGGUGAAAAUUUUUAGGCGCUUUACGGUGUUCCACAGAUUAAAUGAGUGCAGGGUUUCCCAAAAUUGGGAAUGAUUUUGUUUAAAUUGAGAUUUACUCAAUGAAGUCAGAUGAGUGAGGACUCUUUAAAUGGUUUCCCUUUUGAAUCUGAGCAGAACCAUACAAGAAUCUAUAUGGCUUUUUCGUCCCCUGGGAAAGCACACAAACAUCUAUAUUUGGAUUCCCACAUAUGAAUAAUCCCAAUCCACAUCUUUAGCUCAAAUCGUCGCUCACUACUCGAGCGCUAGUCUCACUCACGCGCACACACGCCACAAUAUUCCAGCUUCUCCAUGUUGUUAGUUGCAUGCCAUGUUGUUGCUGCUGCUCCAGCCACCUUCUUCCUCUUGCUGAUUAUUGCAGCUAGAGUGGGAGGGAGCCAAACUCUGAGCCCUUGCCUUGGACGUACGCCACGCGCCGCUGUAGCGCGGGAUGGGGGAAAACGGCAGCGUUAGGCCCCCCCGAAAACCGCUGUGGACGAUGGGGGGUGGCCCCUCCCCACUAAGGUAAACACUCAGACCACACACUCCUGCCCCGGCCGCCCCGAAAGAACACGCGUCACACGGUUUUGCAGACACUCUGACGCACACACAUGGACGUCCGGAUCUGUUUUCAGGAAAUUCCUCACCUCCGUUUCACCCUUUUGGAUGUUCUGUUUUGUUUUUUUGCCCCUGUCCACUUCUGCCAAACUCAUCCUCAUACAUUUCCUCCCCUGAAGACCAUACAUGUAUGAUCUUCGAAGAUGGUGUUGAAGCAGGCGCAUCGAUAGCCGAGGUCACCUCGUUAGGUUUGGCUUUUUUAUUUUUAUUUCCCCCACUCCACUGUGGCCACAUUAGGGUUAAGUGCCUUGUUUUGAAGGUCACACCGAUAUCCCCCCCCAAUAGAGAGGCCGACACCAAGCUGGCGCAGGAUCGGUUGCUGGUUCAAAGCUCGACUCGCCCUCAAGUCCCCCUCUCAAUCGUCACCGCGACAGUUUUCAAUGCCACUCUCAACCUGUAUGAGGUUUUGUUUUCUUUUAAAUGACAUUUUGUCCCGUGUUCUUUUGAAAUGUUUAAUUAUCAAUAAAAGAUAAAAAUCUA